AUGGGUAAGAAAUCAAAGUCUAAAUUGGUUGAAAAUGUCAACCACAAGCUUCAACUUGUGAUGAAAUCGGGAAAGGUUUGUUUAGGAUUUAAAUCAACAAAGGCUACGUUGAGAAAUGGAAAAGCUCUUUUGGUCAUUCUAAGUAACAACUGCCCACCCCUUAGAAGAUCGGAAAUCGAAUACUACGCAAUGUUGGCCAAAUGCGGAGUCCAUCACUACACCGGAGAUAAUAAUGACCUGGGAACAGCCUGUGGAAAACACUUUAGAGUGGGAUGUAUGGCUAUUCUAGACGCUGGAGAUUCAGAUAUUGUUCGAAGCGUGGAAUAA